GCCCAUUGUCUCAUAAUCUGCCCAUGGCUUUCGCUCAAAUCAGUGUUUCUGGUAAAAUGAAAACCAUUGAGACAAUAAUACCAGGAGCACCUUGUGGCUGUGACCGUAUCUCACUGUGAGCGUACAUCACAGCUCCCCCCUCCUCUCUCCUCUGUCUCUCCCUCCCGCUGGAGCACUAAUGACGGCUGAUUCAGUUAGCAACGGGGACCACGCUUACACUCACACUAACGCGCACACUAGCGUUCAGCGUUUGCCAGAGCCAGACCCUUUUCUGUCAGAGGAGUGCAGAGGAGGUUGUCGGUGUAUCGGCGGUCAAACUCCAGUUCCAGAGAAGGAAAUGACGGACAGUGAGACAGAGUCAUUCCCAGCAGGAGUGCUGCUCUUUGGGGGAGAUCGUACUUGCAUCUGACCUCAAGUCAAGCGCGACUUGGAAUGUUUUUUCUGUAGAGAAACCGGUCAGCUUUGACUCGCACUUGUUCAGGAUGUCAAUGGAACUGAGAGCACUGCUGGAGCAGAGGCAGCGGAGGAAGCGUCAGGAACCUCUCAUGGUUCAGCCCAACACAGACGCUCGGCCCCGGCGCUACAGGACACGACGCGGUGAAGAGCAGGCCCCUCUAGUGGAGUCUCAAGUGAACGUCACCAACAAUGUCAUUAUGGAUGGUAUCGACGGCCCAGCAGCUUUCCUGGGCUCAGAAGCCCCUGAUGUGGGAAUAAAGGUCCUGUCGGUGAGCCAGUCUCAGUCCCAGCCUCAGUUCCAGUCACAGCCUCAGUCUCAGCCCCAGUCCCCCUCUGCUGAGGAGCCUGAGAGAGAUGGAGACACUGAGACGCUGCUCGAGCCCAAGACAGACAUCCACGAAUUACUGCAGAAACAAGGUCUGUCCGGCAGCAUGAACUUUGAUGAAUCCAGCGAGCAUGAGGACGAUGCGGAGGAGGAGCGAACGCGUUCUCUGACCCCAAACGCCGACAGCACCAGACCUGCCUCUGCUGCCAGUGGCAAGGACACUCCAGAGGUGGUCACCCCUGGAUCACCCACAGCAGAGAGCUCACUCAUCGAUGUAGCCAAUCUAGAGGAGUUCGUCCUGCGUCCGGCUCCACGGGGGGUCACCGUAAAGUGUCGAAUCACCCGGGACAAGAAGGGCAUGGACCGCGGCCUCUACCCAACCUACUUCAUGCACAUGGAGAGAGAGGAUGGCAGGAGAGUGUUUUUGCUGGCAGGAAGGAAGAGAAAAAAGAGUAAGACGUCCAACUAUCUUAUUUCAGUGGAUGCCACUGAUCUGUCGCGAGAGGGAGAGAGCUUCAUCGGUAAACUGAGGUCCAACCUCAUGGGCACCAAAUUCACAGUGUAUGACAACGGCACCAAUCCCUGUAAAAACCCCGGGACGCUGCUGGAAGAGAGCAACACGCGACAGGAAGUGGCUGCUAUCUGUUAUGAAACCAACGUGCUUGGAUUCAAAGGACCACGCAAGAUGACCGUAAUCAUCCCGGGCAUGAACAUGAACUUUGAAAGAGUCCCUGUCAGACCUCAGAAUGAGCAGGAGAGCCUCCUGAGCAGGUGGCAGAAUCACUCACUGGACAACCUGAUCGAGCUGCACAACAAAGCCCCUGUGUGGAACGACGACACCCAGUCGUAUGUGCUGAAUUUCCACGGGCGCGUCACUCAAGCGUCAGUCAAAAACUUUCAAAUAGUUCACGACAACGACCCUGACUACAUCGUCAUGCAGUUCGGCAGAGUGGCUGAGGACAUCUUCACUCUGGACUACAACUACCCCAUGUGCGCUUUGCAGGCGUUUGCCAUCGGCCUGUCAAGCUUUGACAGUAAGUUGGCCUGCGAAUGAAACCACCGGUUUGGCUUCCACACCGCCACCUCUCCUGUCCUCCCUCAAAUCUUUUCUCACUGGACUUUUUGGAUGCUACACCGCUUACAUCAUCAGGAACCAGUUCACAUUCCGUGUGUUUGCUCACGAAAUGCAAGAUUAAAAGAAGAGAAAGUAGAUACUGAUCGGAGACGUUGGUCCUCUGGUGGCAAAAUAACAACCCUCUAGGUUCCUGGGUGGAAGGGUUUUUUUCCUGUGUCAUUUAGGGGUUUAUUUCAAUAUUAUUUUGUACAGUGUAUGUGUACAAACUAAAAGGGAAAAGACAAAUCACACCACUCUCAUCUGUGCUGGAGACAGGCGCUCUCAUCAGACAUCUGGUGCAAGAAAACUGAUGUAAAAUUUAUGACUCAUUGUUUGUUAAAGGAACAGUUCACCCCAAAAUCAAAAAUACACACUUUGCCUCUUACCUGUAGUGCUAUUUAUCAGUUUG